AUGGAAAAUAGUCAUCAAUUUUCCGAUGAUUUUCUACCAUUUUCGGAAGACAGUGUUAUUGAUGCCGAACCAAUUAGCUAUUGUCUUCCUCAUCAGUACUCGUCUUCUGAUACCACUUUGUCUCUGUUUUCCCAAGUUUCUGAAAAUAUUGCUGCUUCGAAACCAAUUACUACUACGGUUGAUUUCUCUUCCAUAGACGGCGGCAAGGACAAUCCUAAUUCACCUUUUUUGACUCUCUUUACACGAGUUUAUGUAAACACUACUCCCCCUCCUCCUCCUCCGUCAUCCACUGAUCUCUGUCUUUCUCUACCAUCCCUACCCAACACCUCUUCGACUGCCCAAUCUUCCAUUAGUAGUCAACAUUCUUGUAGUUUUGCUUCAUCAAGUCGAGAGGUAAAUGCAUUGGGUAACUCUGCUCCUAAAAGAUCAUUGGGGGAACAGAAAUUCAUCCCCCGCAAGAAAACCAAAGAAUCAAAUGGAGAGGAAGGUCACUGGAUAACAAAAAAGUUAACUAGAAGCGAUGUGAAUGGAGCUUCAAGGCUAUUACUAUCUCGACAAGAAGUGAAUAAUUACAUACUACCCUUUAUGAACAAGGAAGAACAGAGCAUAAUUUGUCAACAAUUGUGCGGAGUUGAUGUUACUGUAUUUGAUAUGGAUACACAAACAAGCCAUGUUUUGACCCUCAAGAAAUGGUCUACUAAUAGCUUUCACCUUGUCAAAGCAUGGACAAAGGAUUUUGUCAAAAGGAGGAAUCUCAAAGAAAAUGACGUAAUCUCGAUAUGUUGGGAGAAAAGCAAUUCAAGAUUUUAUUUUCGAGUUCAAAUGAGGAAUUAA